AUGCAGCUCAGCACUGCCCUCAUCUCUGUCGGUCUCCUUGUCACAGCUCCCCUUAUUGCUGCCGACAACUGCAAUGCGCCCCUCGACUACUGCGGCUCCAGCCUACUGAAGAAGGGCAAUUACAGAGACCAAAUCCUUCAAGCUCUCCUCGUUUCUGGUCAGUCAACUGACUACAAUCACAUCAACUACUCUCUCUUCAACUGUCUCGGCGGCGAGGGCGGUGCCAUCAAGUUCAUUACCUUCUGCGGAGGCAGCUGUAAGGAUAACGGUCAGGGCAAGAGCGACAAAUGCUAA